GCAGAAACGCACGGAAUACGAUCCUUUUACCUCCGAAAAACAGACCCAUCCAAUCGGAUUUCUAUUGGCAAUGAAACCUGUUUUAGUCGUCAUCUUUUCAGUGUUUUCAAUCAUCUAUGGAUUCGCAUCUGUCGGCGUACAGCUGGCAGCGUUAAUAUUGUACACGAGAAUCAGUAACUUUGUUGUGCUCGGCUAUGAUGUCGUCGCUCACGGAAUCUGGUGCGGUUUCAUUUACAUCGGAGCCGGAAGCCAAGGACUUUAUUCUUCAUACAAUCAACCGAAAGCUCUGUUCAUGACGGUUGUGACCGCGGGAUUCGCAGUUUGCGGAGCCAUUGUUGCGGCCACUCUGUCCGGUCUGGUAGCCUCUUCGGGAUUCUCUUACGCUUGCGAUCCUUACCAUUAUUCAAGCUCUUGUGUACCAUGGCUCGAUCUCGAAUGGGCCCUAAUGGGCGUCAGCAUCUUAGCGGGCAUCAACAGUUUAAUUUUGAUGUACUACGCUUAUGUGGCACGGAAUUCCGACAAGUGCGGCGAUAGAAAUCAUCACAUUAGAAGUGACAGCCAUUCAGAAUCGCCUGGUCCUUACAUCGUUCACGGCCGGAGUCAUCAGCAGCCUCAACGCGUUGUAACAUCCGACAUCUAACACAUCGCUCCUCUCGUUUGUCUACUAAUGUACAUUUUAUAAUUCGCAAAUGAUUCACAACUUUGUAAAUAGAACGUUACAACUCACAAAA